AUGGCGGACACUCUGCCUCAAGCGCUGCAGAAGCUGACACUCGCGUCUCAAAGCGUCGACGAUGAUAUAGACGACCUGCUGGACCAGGUCAAACCACGCAAACGCCUUCGCAAGUCGCCCGAUGAUGUCAAGAAGAAGUUGGGGGCAGACUUUCUGACGCCUUCGACAUCCUUCAGUCCAGAAUGGCUGGACCGGCUGCAGCAGAGAUGGGACGCUCCUACCAAUUACAACGAGCUGUUCGCCCUUGGACCAACACAGACCAGGACCAUUAUUCGAUUUACCAGAGAGGGGCUUGAGGGCCGAGCGACGGGCUACAAAGAAGUCACUGUGCCCGCGAACAGUGCUACAGCGAAGAACUCGACUUCACUACGCAGAAAACCAGCGAGUCGAGCGGAGUUCGUGAGAGGCGCAGCAGGUUUCUACCCUUUUGCGCCUGGCGGUCUCGAUGCGGUCGAAGCUACAGCCGCGUAUGAAGACGAACUCUUCCAGCAAAACGAGGCGAAUGGUGUUCGAAAGUCUAGCAAGCUGAGCAAGGUCAUAAACUUUGCUGCUGGAGGCGGUCUCCUGGAAGUGCCUCCAGGCUUCAAGCGUGGACUUCGAGUACCUGACAAGCCGAAGCAGGAUGACGAGAGUGCAAAGGAAGUGGAGGAAGUCCUCGAUGAGGAGACCGAUGACCAGCACCCACAAUCAAAUGGUGUGCCACUGCCCAAGGAGGACGGUGAAGCUGACGACAGCGAGGAAGGUGAAGGCGAGGAAGACAUUGACGACCUACUUCCGCUCGAGUUCCCGGCCCUUGCCGCACACGGACCUCUGGCGAUGGCACGCAACAAGCAUGGUGGCAGAGAAUGGGCACAUAUGGUUGACGUCAAUCGCGACGUCACGAACUUUAGGGAACUCGUGCCAGAGAUGGCUCGAGACUGGCCAUUCGAGCUCGACACAUUUCAGAAAGAAGCAGUGUAUCACCUCGAGAAUGGCGAUUCGGUGUUCGUUGCAGCUCACACAUCUGCCGGCAAGACUGUCGUUGCUGAGUAUGCCAUUGCUCUGGCAGCCAAGCACAUGACGAAAGCCAUCUACACAUCACCUAUCAAAGCACUCAGCAAUCAGAAGUUCAGAGACUUCCGGACCGAGUUCGACGAUGUGGGUAUCCUGACCGGAGACGUGCAGAUAAGACCCGAAGCGAGCUGUCUCAUCAUGACGACCGAGAUUCUUCGCAGCAUGCUCUAUCGAGGAGCCGAUCUGAUUCGGGAUGUGGAGUUUGUCAUAUUUGAUGAGGUGCACUAUGUCAACGACUCUGAGCGUGGAGUCGUUUGGGAAGAGGUCAUCAUCAUGUUACCAGAGCACGUCACGCUGAUCUGCUUGUCGGCGACAGUGCCGAACACAUACGAGUUCGCUUCUUGGGUCGGACGGACGAAGAAGAAGGACAUCUAUGUCAUCUCUACACCCAAGCGCCCUGUGCCGCUUGAACAUUACCUCUGGGCCGACAAGAAGAUGUUCAAGAUCGUGGACGCCAGCAAGCAUUUUAUCGAGAAAGGCUGGAAGGAUGCUAAUGAUGCUCUCACUGGCCGCGACAAAGUCAUCGAAGCUGAGAAGAAAGCCAAGGAGAAAGAAGAAGCCGCUGUCGCAGCCGGUCGUGGUGGUCGCGGUGGUCGUGGUCAGCAAAAUGGUCGAGGGGGUCAGCAGCGCGGAGGCGGCAAUCAGCGAGGCGGCCCACAGCAACGAGGCAGAGGUCAGCCCGCGACUCGAGGGCAAGGGAACAUCGCUCGGACAGGUCGUGGUGGAGGCCGAACCACAGCUGCUCAAGACCGUAACAUCUGGGUGCAUCUGGUCCAGCAUCUGCGUAAAGAAGACAUGCUUCCAUGCACUAUCUUCGUCUUCUCAAAGAAGCGCUGUGAAGAAAACGCCGACGCUUUGUCAAACCUUGACUUCAACACUGCUGCCGAGAAGAGCGCUGUACACAUGAUUUUGGAGAAGUCUUUGACGCGACUGAAGCCGGAUGACAGGACGCUACCACAAAUUCGCCGCAUCCGUGAGCUACUCAGUAGAGGCAUUGCCGUCCAUCAUGGCGGUCUCCUGCCGAUCGUGAAAGAGUGCGUCGAGAUUCUCUUUGCAAAGACACUGGUGAAGGUACUUUUCGCCACGGAGACGUUCGCCAUGGGUCUCAAUCUGCCGACCAGGACUGUCAUUUUCUCUGGCUUCCGCAAGUACGACAACAAGCAGUUCCGAGACCUGCUGCCAGGCGAGUAUACUCAGAUGGCCGGUCGAGCUGGUCGCAGAGGUCUGGAUUCGGUCGGCUACGUUAUCAUCGUGUCGCCCGGAGCAGAUGAAGCGCCGCCAGCGGGCCGUCUGAGGCAGAUGAUGCUUGGACAGCCGACCAAGCUCCGGUCGCAGUUCCGUCUGACAUAUAACAUGAUUCUGAAUCUGCUUCGUGUAGAGGCGCUGAAGAUCGAGGAGAUGAUCAAGCGAUCUUUCUCCGAGAAUGCCACACAAGCACUACUACCAGAGCAUGAGAAGCAGAUUAAGGUCUCCGAAGCUGAUCUAGACAAGGUCGUGCGACAGCAGUGCGACAUCUGCGAUCAAGACAUUGAUGCGUGUCACGAAGCCAGCGUUGAGUAUCAGCGGCUCACGGCCAGCCUCCAUCUGUCUAUGCUUGCUACUCCAGUCGGUCGUCGCCUGAUUCAGGCCAAGCGCUUGGUCGUUUUUCGUGGCAAGAACGAUGUUCGAACGGCUGGCAUCAUCCUCCGAGACGGUGUGACAAAAGGAUCGCCACCAACGGUCCAGCUCCUCGAAGUGAUCUCUCGUAAUCCACGCAAACGCCAGGACCCAGACUUCUUACCAUACCUGCCUCGGUUCAGAAGACGUUUCGUACCACUUCCGCAGACGGAGAACGACAUGCAAUUACGCACCACCACCGUGCCAUUGGACGAUGUGGAAGCGCUGACAGGGUCACACAUUCAGAUGGACCUUGCAGCUGUGCUCCAGAAGGACAAAGAUGCCCUCGCCGAUGUCAAGAAAGAGCUCCUAGAAACAUGCUCAUCAUGGACCUCGUCAAGCUGGAACGAGCUUGACUACUACAAGUGGCUCAAGGAGAUGGACAUCAGAACACUUCUCGAUACCCGCAGCAAAGCGGCGAGAGAAGCUCAGGAGCGCGCUUGCAUUCACUGCGACAACUUUCCCAAGCACUUCGCCAUGGCCCACGAUCAAUGGGUCAUCAAGGACAAAAUCGACUCCAUCCGUCAACUCAUGUCCGAUCAAAACCUCCAACUCCUCCCCGACUACCAGCAACGCAUCAGCGUCCUUAAAGACCUCGGCUUCAUCGAUGAUCAAUCCCGUGUCGAGCUAAAGGGCAAGGUCGCCUGUGAGAUCCACUCCGCAGACGAGCUCGUCUUGACCGAACUCGUCCUCGAGAACGUCCUAGCAGACUACGAACCCGAAGAAAUCGUCGCACUCCUCUCCUCCUUCGUCUUCCAGGAAAAGACAGAAAUGACACCGACCAUGACCACCGCCCUCGAGAAAGGCCAAGAGACGAUCGUCAAGAUUGCUGAGAAAGUCAACCACUACCAAAUCUUACAUCAAGUCAUCCUCUCGUCUGACGACUCCAAUGAUUUCGUGUCCCGGCCGCGGUUUGGACUGGUGGAAGUGGUGUAUGAAUGGGCGAGAGGUAUGCCGUUUAGUCGGAUCACGGACUUGACGGAUGUGCUGGAGGGCACGAUUGUGAGGGUCAUCACGAGGUUGGAUGAGACGUGUAGGGAGGUCAAGAAUGCGGCGAGGAUUAUUGGAGAUCCGACGCUGUUCACGAAGAUGCAGACGUGUCAGGAGCUGAUUAAGAGGGAUAUUUGUGCUACUGCUAGUUUGUAUAUGUAG